AUGAAGACACUGGGAAGCGGAAUCGCCGCAUUCGGCCUGAUGACCAUGUCAGCCAUGGCACAGAACCUCUCCUACGGAGCCGACAACUUCUACACCAGCCCCAUCGUCACAGUCCAGCCCAUCACCUUCCAAACCCAAUUCCAAACCAACGUCUCCGGCAACCUCUUCACCCUCCACAACCUCAGCCGCACCCUAGCCUCCCCCGCCAUCGUCGUCGGCCACCCCAUGGGCGCCGUCAAGGAGCAGAGCGCCAACCUCUACGCCACCAAGCUGGCCGAGCAGGGCUUCGUCACCGUCUCGCUCGACCUCCCCUUCUGGGGCGGCAGCUCCGGCGAGCCCCGCAACGCCGUGGCCGUCGAGCUCUACGCCGACGCCUUCAGCGGCGCCGUCGACUACCUGGGCACGCAGUCCUUCGUCGACCGCGAGCGCAUCGGCGGCGUCGGCAUCUGCGGCAGCGGGUCAUUCAUCAUCAGCGCGGCCAAGAUCGAUCCGCGUCUGAAGGCCAUCGCGACGUCGAGCAUGUACGACAUGGGCGCCGCGGCCCGCAACGGGCUGCGCAAGGCGCAGAGCGUCGAGCAGCGCAAGGAGAUCAUUGCCGCGGCGGCGCAGCAGCGGUGGGUCGAGAUCGAGGGCGGUGAAGUCCAGUUGACCGGCGGCACGGACAACGAGCUCACGCCCAAUACGACCGAUGUGCAACGCGAGUUCUUCGACUUCUACCGCACGCCUCGCGGCCAGUUCAUUCCUGAGGGCGCCACCUUCGAAACCGUCACGCACCCGACUCUCUCGAGCAACACCAAGUUUAUGAACUUUUACCCCUUCAAUGACAUUGACACCAUCUCGCCGCGUCCGUUGCUUUUCAUUUCCGGCGACCAAGCUCACUCGCGUGAGUUUAGCGAGGAUGCUUAUGAACGUGCUGCCGAGCCGAAGGAGUUGGUCUGGGUCCCGGGAGCUGGUCACGUCGACCUUUAUGAUCGGGUUGAGCUCAUUCCGUUCGACAAGCUCACGCAGUUUUUCCGGACGAACCUCUAG